AUGCCUACAGCUCGUAGAAAAGAAGAUGAAGAGUAUUCACCUUCAGAAAGUGAAGAUGAAGUCAAUGAACCAAAAAUAGAUGAAAAACAUGAGACUCGUACCAAUAGGAGGAGGAAAAAACCGUUGAAUGAAAUUUCCAAGAAAAAUCCUUCACUUAAUUCUGUCAAUUCCGAAAACUCCAACAAUUCAAUUCAAAGCAAUUCAUCAAAGAAAAAUCAACCUUCUUCAUCAAAAAAACCUCCCACAAAAAAAAAAAGACCAAGGCGUCAAAAUACACUUGUUGCUGAUAAAAAUAAUAAAGAUAAAAAUUCAGCGUAUAAAGUAGUACCAAAAAUUGUUAUUAGAAAUCCUACUAAGAAAGUAGUAAAGAUUUUUAGAAAAGCUUCUUUAUCAUUACAAAUACCAUCAUCGGAGAACAAAGAAAAUUUAUUGGCACCACCAACACAUGCUCGUAAAAAAAGCCAAAAAAAGAAAGAGCUUCUUGAAGAUGAUGAAUUAUUGAUGUCACUUCCAUUACCAUCAUCUUCAUCACAUCAUGUACCUGAUAAAAAGAAAAGCCUAAUUGGAUCAAUGAAUAUACAAGCGUUUGGUAAGAAAAAAUCUUCAAACAGUGCAGUCAUGCGUAUUAUCGUAGAUAUUCUGAAGGCAUAUGAUAUUGUACUUUGCCAAGAAAUUCGAUUAACAGACGAAUUAAUCAAAAGACUUGUUGACUCAAUAUCAACAUCUUCCACGCCUUAUAAUUAUAUAGCAAGUCAUCCUAUAGGUAGAAACACAUAUCAAGAGAGAUAUCUUUUUAUUUAUCGUCAAAAUGAAUGGAAAGUGUUGGAAGAUUACGUUGUUGAUGACGUGAAAUUAGGUGAUAAAUUUUCAAGAGAACCAUAUGUUGUAAGAUUUCAGAAUUUGAGGAAACCAGAUGUAAGAAUAACUCUUGUUGGAUGUCAUACUCAACCAGAAAAGGCAUUCGAUGAAAUUGACGUUUUGGUUGAACAAGUCUAUCCAGAUGUUAAAAAACGAUUAGAAGGAGGGACAAUUCGUAAAAGAAAUGUGAAAAAAGCAUCAAAGAAGAAUAAUGAUAGUAAUGAUGGUGAAGAAUAUAAAGGGUCAUUUAUUCUUCGCUACCUUUGUUCUUGCUUUGGUUCAAGGAAAAAAGAAUCGACAAAAAGAGAACAUUCUGGGAAAAAUGUGCAAUCAGCAGAAGGAUCUGGCGAGCCAAUAGUUUUAAUGGGUGAUUUAAAUGCAUCUGGUUCAUAUCUUAACAAAUCACAACGUGCAAUCAUAGAUGAAAAAUUACUUGACAAUAAUUUAGUUUGGGGUAUUUCACAUGAAACAGAUACCACAGUUUCUGAUGGAAAUGAUGCGGCAUAUGAUCGAUUUAUUUUUGAAGCUGCAAAUGAAAAAAUGUGGAUAGGAAAUUCAAAGGUAUGGAGAUUUGAUGAUAAUUGGGACAAUGGCAAAAUAGAUCAACAAUUAUUAAAAAGAGCCACAAAACGUGUCUCGGAUCAUUAUCCUAUUGAGUUCGAAUUGAAACUUUGA